AUGGGUUUGCCUUUAGAAACCCAUAAUAUUGAGGAUGAAGAUGAAGCUCUUCAUUAUUGUAUUAAUGAUAUGCAUAUUAGAAUAAAUAUCAUGGGAAUGGUUGCCGAUAGCAAUGAAGCUGUUUGCUGUUUUGGUAAUGGACCAGGUAUGAAUUGUUGUUGCGCUCUCAACAUGGUACUUCGUCAGGCACUUAUUAAUAAUGCUGAGGCAUAUGCGAAAGCUCAAGAGGAGGUUCUUUCUAUUCCAGGUACUUCAGUCAUUGAAGAUAUCCAAUAUGCAAUGUCUCUUCUCUACGAGCAAUAUAAGGCUGAAGAAUGGCCAGAUAUGUUCAAAGCAAAAUACGAUCUGUCUUGUGCAGAGUCUCCAACAAAAGAAGCCUUGGUUGCGGCCAGAUUUCUGGAAGAACACUCAAACAUAGCAGCUGUUUUAUAUCAACAGCAUAAUUAUGACUAUGACUGGAUCCUUAAUGAAUCUUCAAGAAUUCUAUCAAAUGCUAUAGGAGAAGAAUAUGAUGAUGAUUUUAUGAAAGAAAAUGACAACCUUGAAGAAUAUGAGGACGAGUUUGACAUAAUCGAAAAUGAAAAAGUAGAUGGCAAGACGUUUAAGCAAGAUUUUCAAGAUUAUAGUAUAAAUGGAGAAGACUUUGUCGAGUGUGAAGAAAGCUAUGGAAGUGAUUUUAGAUAUUUUUUUGGCAAUCAUUAUUUGCGUAUGGGAUUUGGGAUGUGUAUGUGGGAUCUUAGAGAUCAUUUGCUAAUCCUGAAGUCAUCUUUAUCAAUUUGCAAGGGGGAUUGGACACAAUAG